GUCGCGGACCAAAACGCGCGCGAAGCGAUCGCAUUUAACGACAUUCAUCGUGAUACUUCCGCGUACACUUUCGCUCCGUAAACACACGCGGACGUUUCGUGUUUCCAAAACGUUUCUGAUUCAACAUCCUGAGUUGGAUUAGUUGUGCUUGUGUCAUUGGGUGUGUGAACGAUGCUCGAAUAAUUGGAGAUUUCCAUAAAUCAAGAUGGCAGCCAAUUGGCGCCCUUGGUCGACAAUGCAGACUUUUAUACUCCUCUUCGUCGUGACUCUCUGUUCUUGUGAUCCUGAAAUAUAUUUUGAGAAACAACGCUACGAUGGCUGGUACAACAACAGAGCCUACCCAGACUGGGGUUCCGUCGACAGUAGACUAACAAGAAAGACUCCUGCUUCGUACGCGGAUGGUGUAUACAUGAUGGCAGGAGCAGACAGGCCGGGAGCUAGAGCACUGUCCAAGUUAUUCAUGCGCGGACAAGACGGACUACCUUCAUUAUCAAACAGGACGGCCUUACUGGCUUUCUUUGGACAGGUAGUGACUGGCGAAAUAGUAAUGGCGUCAGAAUCUGGUUGUCCCAUCGAGCACCACCGCAUUCCGGUAGACAAGUGUGACCACAUGUAUGACCCGGAGUGUCAGGGCGCCAAACAUAUGCCCUUCCUUCGCGCUGCGUACGACAGACAGACCGGUCAGAGUCCUAACAGCCCUCGCGAACAAAUCAACCAGAUAACAUCAUGGAUCGACGGCAGUUUCGUGUACAGUACGAGCGAGGCAUGGGUGAAUGCAAUGAGGUCAUUUCAGAACGGAAGUCUAGCGAGCGAUGGAGGCAUGCCGCUGCGCAACACGAAACGAGUUCCGCUCUUCAACAACCCUGUGCCCCAUUACAUGCGAAUGCUCAGCCCUGAGAGACUGUUUUUAUUAGGAGAUCCACGGACUAAUCAGAACCCGGCACUGGUGACGUUUGGCAUACUGUUGUUACGCUGGCACAACGUAGUGGCCGCGCGCGUCCACAAACAACACCCAGAUUGGGAUGACGAACAACUGUUCCAGCGAGCACGUCGCAUUGUCAUAGCUAGCUUACAGAACAUAAUUCUAUACGAAUACGUGCCAGCGUUCCUCGGUGUACCUCUUCCUCCAUACGAGGGCUACCGGGCGGAAAUAGCACCUGGAGUUACGCAUGCGUUCGCUGUGGCUGCAUUUCGGUUUGGCCACACUUUAGUACCUCCCGCUAUAUUACUGCGAGACAGAAACUGUAGAUACAGAAGAGCGCCUGGAGGUCAUGAUGCUAUUAGAUUAUGUCAAACUUGGUGGGAUGGAAAUGAUGUGAUGUCACAAGUACCUAUAGAGGAAGUACUAAUGGGUAUGGCUACCCAGUUGUCUGAAAGAGAAGAUGCGUUACUAUGCUCUGAUGUUAGAGACAAUCUAUUUGGUCCUAUGGAAUUUUCUAGACGCGACCUUGGAGCACUGAACAUCAUGAGAGGCAGAGAUAAUGGCUUACCUGAUUUCAACACUGCAAGAACAUACUUCGGACUACCAAAAAUAAAGACGUUUAACGAAAUUAAUCCUGAUUUAUUCGACAACAAUCCAGACUUACUGCAAAGAUUAGUUCAAGCUUAUGACGGGAAGCUUGAUAAUAUUGAUGUUUAUAUAGGAGGCAUGCUUGAAUCGACUGGUCAUCCAGGUGACUUAUUUAGAGCAAUCAUUAUAGACCAAUUCACUAGGAUAAGAGACGGAGAUAGAUUUUGGUUCGAGAAUGACAAAAAUGGGAUAUUUACUCCUGAUGAAAUUGAUGAACUUCGUCGUAUUACGUUGUGGGAUAUAAUUGUGAACAGUACAGCUGUUGGUCCCAACGACAUCCAACGUGACGUAUUCCAUUGGAACAAGGGAGAUCCCUGUCCACAACCUUACCAACUGAAUGCUUCUAAACUACCUCCCUGUAAAUAUUUAAAAGGAUACGAUUAUUUUGAGGGCAACGAGUUCGCAUACAUCUAUACUUGUCUCGCAUUGGUAUUUGUGCCAAUACUGUGCGCAGGCGCCGGCUACGGAGUCGUUAAGCUACAAAAUAGUCGACGACGUCGGCUCAAGAUACAACAAGAACAUCUAAAGAAUGCUCAGUACAAAGGUUCGGUAGACAAAAUGGUAUGCCGCGAGUGGGUGCAUGCGUCUUACAAGCGCCUGGUGAAGCUGAGGUUAGGUCCUGAACCGGCCAUACACGUGACCGAUCGCAAGGGAGACAAACUACGCACCGUACCGCUAGACAACGCCGAUCAGCUCACCAUACUCGAGAGUCAGGAGGGUCACAGCAACAAGCGGCCGCUGGUGCUGAUCCGCGCGCCACGCGAACACGACCUCGUGCUAGAGAUGGACUCGUCUGCUUCACGCCGCAAGUUUCUCCUCAAGCUCGACACAUUCCUUGCACAGCAUAAAAAGGCCAUGAAUCUCACACAGGGACACCGAGAUCAAAUACUAGCAUCAGCUGAAACAAGAGAAAGAAGACAGCGCAAGUUGGAGCACUUCUUUAGAGAGGCCUAUGCUAUCACAUUUGGUCUGGCCCCGGGAGAGAAGAGAAGACGUUCGGAAGAUGCUGAUCCAGAAUCUAUUGUGAUGAGGACAUCGCUAUCUAAAAGUGAAUUCGCAAGCGCUCUCGGUAUGAAGGCUGAUGCAGUUUUUGUGAAGAAAAUGUUUAAUAUUGUUGACAAAGAUGGUGACGGACGAAUAUCAUUCCAGGAAUUCUUGGAUACUGUAGUGCUAUUCUCUCGUGGUGCGACGGAAGACAAGUUGCGUAUAAUAUUUGAUAUGUGUGACAAUGAUCGCAAUGGAGUCAUCGACAAGGGCGAGCUGAGUGAAAUGCUGCGCUCACUAGUCGAGAUCGCGCGCACCACUUCUCUACGAGAUGAACAUGUGACUGAAUUGAUCGAUGGAAUGUUUUCUGAUGCCGGCCUUCAACACAAAGACCAUCUCACAUAUUCCGAUUUUAAAGUUAUGAUGAAAGAAUAUAAAGGUGAAUUCGUUGCUAUCGGACUGGACUGUAAGGGAGCGAAGCAAAACUUUUUAGAUACAUCAACUAAUGUGGCCCGAAUGACCAGCUUCCAUAUCGAACCAUCUAUGGAACAGUCUAGACAUUGGUUGCUACUCAAAUGGGACUAUCUAACUACGUUCUUAGAAGAGAACAGGCAGAACAUCUUUUAUUUGUUUGUAUUCUACGUGGUGACGAUUGGUCUUUUCGUCGAGAGAUUUGCGCAUUACUCUUUCAUGUCAGAGCAUUUGGAUCUGAGGCAUAUAAUGGGCGUUGGAAUCGCGAUUACUAGAGGAUCCGCGGCAUCGCUUUCCUUCUGCUAUAGUCUUCUCCUUCUCACUAUGUCUAGAAAUCUCUUGACUAAAUUAAAGGAAUUCAGCAUACAACAGUACAUACCACUCGACUCCAGCAUACAAUUCCAUAAGAUCGUCGCCUGCACCGCUCUAUUCUUCUCUCUCCUACACACAGCUGGUCACAUGGUCAACUUCUACCAUGUAUCCACACAACCCAUAGAGAACCUCAAAUGUAUGACCAAAGAAGUUCACUUCACCUCCGAUUUCCGACCUGGUAUUACUUAUUGGGUAUUCCAAACGAUAACAGGUACAACCGGUGUUCUCCUCUUCGUCAUAAUGUGUAUAAUAUUCGUAUUCGCGCACCCUGUGAUCCGCAAGAGAGCGUACCCGUGGUUCUGGCGCGCGCAUUCGCUCUACGUCGUGCUGUACGCACUAUGUCUUGUACACGGUCUCGCGCGCCUUACUGGAGCACCACGCUUCUGGAUAUUCUUCCUUGGUCCCGCCAUCAUCUAUACUUUGGACAAGGUCGUUUCACUGCGGACAGAAUAUUUAGCGUUAGACGUCUUGGAAACUGAAAUGUUACCGUCUGAUGUCAUCAAAAUAAAAUUCUACAGGCCGCCUAAUCUUAAAUAUUUGUCAGGUCAGUGGGUACGGCUCUCUUGCACCGCAUUUAAAAAAGAAGAGUACCACUCUUUCACCCUAACAUCUGCGCCGCAUGAGAACUUCUUGUCGUGUCAUAUCAAAGCUCAAGGACCAUGGACGUGGAAACUGAGGAAUUAUUUCGACCCUUGUAACUACAACCCUGAAACGCAACCAAAAAUAAGAAUCCAAGGACCAUUCGGCGGCGGCAACCAGGAUUGGUACAAAUUCGAGGUGGCUGUGAUGGUGGGCGGCGGUAUCGGCGUCACUCCUUACGCAUCCAUCCUCAACGAUCUGGUCUUCGGCACGUCUACUAACAGAUACUCAGGAGUGGCUUGUAAAAAGGUCUACUUCCUGUGGAUCUGUCCGUCGCACAAGCACUUCGAGUGGUUCAUCGACGUGCUCCGUGACGUGGAACGUAAAGACGUUACCAACGUACUCGAGAUACACAUCUUUAUCACGCAAUUUUUCCACAAGUUUGAUUUGAGGACAACCAUGCUGUACAUCUGCGAGAAUCACUUCCAGCGCCUCUCGCGGACGUCGAUGUUCACAGGCCUAAAGGCGGUCAAUCACUUCGGCAGGCCCGAUAUGUCCUCCUUCCUUAAGUUCGUACAAAAGAAACACAGUUAUGUGUCAAAAAUCGGUGUAUUUUCAUGCGGUCCCCGGCCGCUUACGAAAUCAAUAAUGUCGGCAUGCGAGCAGGUUAAUCGCACACGUCGUCUGCCAUACUUCAUACAUCACUUCGAGAACUUCGGAUAAAACAUUCUUGAUACUUGCUACGGCCACUGCCAUUUAAUGCAUAUAGGAAAGAAAUACGAGAUUUUGUAAUUAAAUACAGUCUAAAAAAUAGAAAUUUUAAAACUUUUGAGAGCUUCUUUAGAACUAUAUUAUGUGUAAUUUUUUUGUGAAUAAAUAUUUUUGAAAAAUAAUAUUCAGCAUUAUUUAAUUAGAAGCGAAAAGUAAAUUA